CACAGUCGCCCUUAACAACAACAACAACAACAACCCAUCAACAACAUCGACGUGAGGUGCCGUCUCCUGUAUCAUGUCGCUGGCGUCUAAGGUGACACUGGGUGCAGCGUGCUGUACCACCCUGGGCAUCAUUGUUUAUGUUCACAUAAAGCAGAACAUUGACAGAGAGAGACUACACGAAGGUGUCAUCAGAGACGUGGAGCGUCAGCAACGACGCAAGACCGAGAACAUUUACCUCCUCCAGCAACAAGCUGACCUCACUAAACAACUGCGGAACGACCAAAAAAAGGCAGAGGAGAAAGGAUAGGGGUUCAGAAUAACAAAUAUUAACCACCAGGCUGUGGGGAGGCAUUGACCCCCUUCAUAGUGCAAUUUCUUUUGUAAAUGCAACUGAGAAAGUACAUUCAAAAUUGGAUAGCACAUGGAGAGGUCUUUAUUAGUGUAGUGUGCUAUUCAAUCUUGGAUGUGGUCUUUAAAAGAGUAUUCAUAACAAAGAUUGCUACUUAGAGGUGGUUUGUAGGAAAAAAAAAAGGACUGUAUUUGUUGUACAGGUUAUAUAAAUUUUUGAUUUUUG